AUCUGAAAUCGAAAGAAAACUUGUAUGAGGAAAUAAAAGAAAGCCUCCCUCGGUAGACAUAUUGUCCUCCGCUCUCCUCUGCUUGCACCUGCACGCUUCUGCCUCCAUUUGAACAAGUUUGCUGUAGUUUUAUUCGUGUCGUCUCUUCGCAGUAAUCCGCUCGGACAUGUCGAAGGCGUGCACCCUGAAGAUCAGCAGAGACAGCGCGGGGAAGGUGGACAGCUUCCGGCUGACACUGUUCCAACAGGCUGAGAAUCUGUUCUGCAGCUACAUCCCCCAGAAGAUCCUCCAGCUGGACGCCUUGCUCAAGGAUGAAGCCUUCAAUAUCACAGACUUGACGUUGCUCCAGGCUCCUCUGGACAUCCCCAUACCAGACCCUCCUUCCCCAGAGGAUGAGGAAAUGGAGACAGAUAAGAAUGAAGACGACGAGAAGAAGAAGAAGAAAGCUCCAAAAUGUGGCUUCAUCAAGGGGAAUGAGAAGAUUUUAGCGCUUCUACAGAGGGUGAAACCAGAGAUUUGUGCUUUCCGAGAGACCAUCAUCACUGUCACCAGCUGGAUUCAGCACCUCAUCCCCAAAAUAGAAGAUGGAAAUGACUUUGGCGUCGCCAUCCAGGAGAAAAUCUUGGAGAGAAUCGGUGCUGUGAAGACCAAAGCUGACACUUUUCAGACCAACAUCAACAAGUACUUCACCGAGCGAGGAGACGCUGUGGCAAAAGCUUCCAAAGACACUCAUGUGAUGGACUACCGCUCACUCGUCCACGAGAAGGACGAGGCCAUCUACUCCGAGAUCAGAGUGAUCGUUCUCGACAUUCGCGGCUUCUACGCUGAGCUGUACGACAUCAUCAGCAAGAACGAGGACAAGGUGACCAAUCCGAAGGGAGAGGAGAAGCCUUCCAUGUACUGAUGCUGGAGGGAGGAGGAGGAGGUGGCACUUAGCACUAUCAGUCAACUCUGUGUUCAGUCACUCUACAUACACAUCUGAUUCUGUUUCAGUCCUACUUAUUCUACUCAAAUAAUAAAUCAACUGGAUCCAAGUUUUAUCACUGCUGUUUGAGUUCAAGAAAAAAUAAAGAAAGCUUGUUUUUCAAA